AUGAACUCUGGAUUGAAUAACUAAAAUUCCUUAUUGUAUCAACUGACACCAGCCUAACUUGAGGAGUAUUAGCAAUAAUUGAGGUAACAUCCGACUUCAUAUUCUCGAUACUAUAUUACUUCAUACGCUCAAAUCAUAUAUUUGGCAAUCAAUUACUUAUUUUAGAUAAUAGCCAUUUCUCACCCAACUUUUGAGCAGCAACAUGAAAUCAUUACCAUUUCCGAACAUUUUUCAAUAGUUAUAGGACAAUCUUAUUAGAACCUCAUAAUCGCAGGAUCUGUUCAAUUUUAAUCGUGGUAAGAUAUCAUCAAUUCCAUAUCAAUUACAAUAUCGUGA